AAACAAUGUCCACGCCUAUCCCGCCAUCUUCACCUCCCAGCACUCCAACUACAAGAGCCAAUAAUAGAACAAAAUCAUUCUCAGGGACGGGAACUGUUGCGACUACGGCAUGCAUUUGUGGAAACGUGCCAAUUGCAUUAUCUGCAAACACAUUAGCCGACAGUUUGAAGGUUUCACCGCUCUAUAAGCAACAAGAUUCUGCUCGUUGGAACGCGGCCGCUCAAGUGUACCGGACGUCUCGUGCCGUCUCACCAACGUUGGAAGAAAAAGAGAAAUUUGGGUUUGACAAUGCGUAUAUAAAUCAAAUGAUUAGUCCGAAAAUGUCAAUCCCAAAGACCCCAAUUUCACUCGAGGAAAUCGCAGAUAUGAAUAGAAAACGUCACGAAGUGGAAGGUGGAGUUAUUCCGUCAGAUGAUGACGUUGGACCGCUGGAACUGGAAGCAAUUGCUGCAGUCCACGAAUUAGCACAUGAAGUUCAAGACAUCAGUGUUUCGGAAAUGCUCCCCAGAACUAGUGACCUGAUUUUUGUUAAUGUGAAAACUCAGGAAGGAAGCCCAUACACUUUAGAGCUGACUAUGAAAGGAUGGAGAAUUGCUUCGUCCCAUACUGAUUGCAUGAACGGGGAUUAUACGAAAAUCUCCCUUCACACUAAAUACUAUCGAAAUGCUCGUGAACUUUUGAAAUUCAUAUCACCUGACCAUGCAACACGAUUUAAUGAGUGUGUUGCUCAGAAACUCAGCAAGUUAGCUGAGGUGGCGGUUCAAUAAGGACAUGAACAUUAAAUUGACAAUAAAUAAUCAAUUUUACUCAAUACUACAUACUUUCGAGUUUUUAGCCAAUUCGUUCUGAUACUUGUCGAUAAAAUAAAUAAAUGGGUUAUAUCUG